GGAGUGUUUUUGGUGUCGCGCUUCUCUCUAAUCUGUCCGGCGCAUCUCUUCUUUCAAAACACAAUUUAACAUCAAAUUAAAGGUUAUUUGCUACCUCAAACACCUCAAGAUGGCAGGGAACUUCUGGCAGAGCUCACACUAUCUGCAGUGGGUUCUGGACAAACAGGAUCUGAUGAAGGAGAGACAGAAAGAUCUCAAGUUCCUCACUGAGGAGGAGUACUGGAAGCUACAGAUAUUUUUUGCCAAUGUGAUUCAAGCCUUGGGGGAACACUUGAAACUCAGGCAGCAGGUCAUUGCCACGGCAACGGUCUACUUCAAACGCUUCUAUGCCAGGUACUCUCUGAAGAGCAUAGACCCUGUGCUGAUGGCCCCCACGUGUGUGUUUCUGGCCUCUAAAGUAGAGGAAUUUGGUGUUGUUUCAAACACACGUCUUAUUUCAGCGGCGACGUCUGUAUUGAAAACAAGGUUCUCUUAUGCCUUUCCCAAGGAGUUUCCCUUCAGAAUGAACCAUAUCUUGGAGUGUGAAUUCUACUUGCUGGAACUCAUGGACUGCUGUCUGAUUGUGUAUCACCCGUACAGACCUUUACUGCAGUAUGUGCAGGACAUGGGUCAGGAGGACAUGCUCCUUCCAUUGGCAUGGAGGAUAGUCAAUGACACCUAUAGGACUGAUUUGUGUCUGCUUUAUCCUCCAUUUAUGAUUGCACUUGCUUGUCUGCAUGUGGCAUGUGUGGUGCAGCAGAAAGAUGCCAGGCAGUGGUUUGCUGAGCUGUCUGUAGACAUGGAGAAGAUCCUUGAGAUCAUCAGGGUCAUACUGAAACUUUAUGACCAGUGGAAGAACUUUGAUGACAGAAAGGAAAUGGCUGUCAUGCUCAACAAGGUGCCCAAACCCAAACCUCCUCCUAACAGUGAGACCGACCAGAGCUCAAAUGGGAGUCAAAACAGCUCGUACAGUCAGUCGUAGAGCGCCCCCUGGUGAAGGACCUGAGGCAGAGUGAUUCAGAGAGGCCUGAUCAAAACUGCACAUCCUGGUACAUAUGAGCACAGCUUAUUUACAGCACAUAAUUUAAAGUAACUGAUUCUUGGCACACACACAUCCUCUCUUUCCUCUCCUCUGGGUUCUUCCAACAAUUAGAGCAGAUAGAAUGAUGCCACCAUGUUCCCUCCACCAAUCAGAGCAGCCCAUGUCAUUCUGGCAUGGGAGGGAAGCAGUCAGUUGGCAUUGGGCAAUCAACUAUGGGAAAUCUGCUUUGGGUUUGAAUUUGUUGGCAAGAUUAAGGCUGUAGUUUUGUACUCUCAAUGCAACUGUUGAUGGACACACACACACAAGCCUGCCUCGUUGUGAGGCGUGGCUACCCGUUUGAUUUAAGAAGGGUGCUUUUUUCCAGAUCUUUUAAAAGUUGAUGGUCCUGACUUCCUUGAAAAGUCCCAUGAAGCUUUCUUUCAGUGGACACUCUUUUGGGAACAAAGAAAAACUUGAUUGUUUUCUGUGUCUGAGAGCGACAACGCGCGUGUGUGUGUGAUUGUGUAUGCAUGUGUGCCUCUCAUUGACCAUAUCACAGUUUGUAUUCCUCAGGGAAACAGAUGGGUCCUUUAUACAAAGUGGCUGUCUGUAAACUGAUUGGCCACAGGGCUAUGUGACAGCGAUCUUGUUGAACCCUUGUACUGUGUAAUGAAAUCCUGAUUGGACACUUAAACUUUUCUUUUACAUGUAUGUGGAUGGAAGGAAUGAUGUGAGUUAGAAUGCACAGGUGAUCACAAUAUUCUCCCAAAUCUGCAUUUGUAUAUAUGAUUUCUUCAUAUACCCCUUGGUUUUUAUUAUUCAUUUACUGUAUGUUGAUAUGUACUUGCCAUUCUCCAAAUGCAUUUCAUCUUGCUUUUUGCUUCAAUUGUUGCUUGGAAUUUAUUUUGGAGGACAAGCCAAUGUUUUGAGGGUUUUGGGCAGAAAUGCAUUGAUUAAUUUUAUGAUGAUUUCCAUCAUCAGUUCUCAUUAUCUGCGAUGAGAUCAUGAGGGACACAUAACUACUUACAGAAAGACCUACAGUGGGUCAAUGUUAACAAAUCUAGUAUGUGUUUAUCUGUGCCCUGAAUGGCAUAUGUUGAUGUCAUGUUUGUUUUCCAUGUAUGUAUUAUUUACCUGUAAAUAUAUUUGAUGAUGUGAAAAAUGUCUGGGAGUGGAAGGUCCUAACAAGAUGUCUUGGGUUUAUUGGUAUGUUACAGAGCUUGAAAGCCUUAUUGAAUAA